AUGCUACCCUUUGGAAUUUUAUUUCUAAUUGUAUAUAUUGGAAUAUACUAUCAGAAAAAGUCAGAACUUCGCAGGAAGUUGUCACGUAAACAACAACUGUUAAUCCAACGAAUGGAUAAUUUGAGAAAACACCUUUCAACACUGAACCCUGAAUUGUUAUCACUUACAGAUCUCAGUUUGGAAACACUACAACAACAAUUGAUUGAAGGCAAAUUUACUCCAGUUGAUUUAUUGCAUGCCUACCAAAUGAAAGCUUUACGACUACAUGACGCAGGGAAUUCAGGUGUAUGUGAAUUUUUAGAGGAAGCAGAACAACUGGCUGUGAAUCUAGUGAAUUCAAAUCGUCUAUCCAAAAACAAACAAACUUUGGUUGGAAUACCAAUCAGCAUAAAAGAAUUGUGUUUAACUAAGGGGUACGAUACGACAUUUGGUUUAAUCAAACGGUGUAAUCAACCUUCAGAUGAAGAUUGUUGUAUUUUGAAAGUACUUAAACAUGAAGGAGCUAUACCAUUUGUUCUGACAGCACUUCUCAAACAGCCUUAUCACUCAGCGGAAUAA